CAUUAGUUCCCCAUUAAGUCAGAUGCCGUCAGAAGUGGGUCGUGUCCUCUGACCCAAUAUCUCAGCAAAAAAUUUGGAGCCUAUACUCAAGGACAUAUGGCUUGAUUUCCACUGGCUCAGCUAUUUACCUAUUCUGUACUCUAAUUCCAAUUGACUAGGCAUUGUGAAAAUCAUGGCCAGUCGAAUAAUUAGUAUUCCGCGGAUGAAUACCGUGGGCAGUUUUAAUUUUUUCUUUCAGAAUACUAAGAGGAAUCUAUUGUUACAUCAAAACUUUAUUGGCAAUCAGUAUCUAGCAUUAAAUCAUGGAAAGAGUAGGCGAGUGAUAUCAUCAGUAACGAAAUCGGACUCAGGUUCAAAUCCUCAUCAUAAAUCAUUCAUUUUGGAGAAUGUAGCUAGUAAAAUGUUGAAUUGUCAAGAGCCAGGGGCUAAGCUGUCACAAAAAUUUGGUGAUGCUAGCAUUGAAGGUCAUGAUAAUAUCCCUUUCAAAGUGGUACCUAGACAGCCACGAGUUGCUGCCACCGCAUCAUAUGAUAUCCAAUCACUUCCCAAAUCAAAGGCUGAAUUAAUGACUUUACUUGGUCCAUACAUAAAACUAACUAAACCCAAUUUAACUGUCCUUGUGACAUUAAGUUCUAUUUGUUCUUAUGCCUUGUCUCCAUUAUCUGUAUCUUUACAUGAAUUACUAUUUUUAACAGUGGGGACUGCUUUAUGUUCUGGAGCUGCCAACGCUAUAAAUAUGGGAAGAGAACCGGAAUUCGAUCGUAAAAUGCCGAGAACAGUAGGAAGACCUGUAGUAAGAGGUUUAAUAAGUCCUACACAAGCAUAUCAAUUUUCUGCCUUAAGUGGUAGUGUUGGAUGUAUAAUGUUAUGGUUUGGAGUUAAUCCAAUUGUAUCUGGAUUGGGAUUUUUGAAUAUCAUAUUAUAUUCUUGGAUAUAUACUUCACUUAAGAGAGUAUCUAUUAUUAAUACAUGGGUAGGUGCCAUAGUUGGAGCUAUCCCACCCUUGAUGGGUUGGGCAGCCUCGUCAUCAUUGAUGCAUCCUGGAUCUUGGUGUUUGGCAGGAUUAUUGUAUGCUUGGCAAUUCCCCCAUUUCAAUGCUUUAUCGCAUAAUAUAGCUCAACAAUAUAAGCAAGCAGGGUAUGUUAUGACAGCUGCUGAAAAUCCUCGAUUGAAUGCUCGAGUAGCCUUAAGAUACUCCUUAUUAAUGUUCCCAUUAUGUUUUGGGCUCAGUUAUUUUGGAGUAACUGAUUGGGUAUUUCCAUUUGAUUCUGCCUUAGCCAAUGGUUGGUUGACAUACUUAGCCUAUCAGUUUUGGAGUCAACAAGAAAAGAAUUAUAAGAACGCUAAACCAACAGCUGAUGGUUUAGCAUUGGCUGGAGUCCAUGCUAAGAAGCUCUUCUGGUGUUCAGUAUGGCAAUUACCAGCUGUGCUCAUAUUGGCCAUGCUUCACAAAAAGGGUCAAUGGGAUAGGCUAUUUACGUAUAUGGGCUUGAAAAAGUCGAAAGAUGCUAGACUAGUAUAG